UAUUUUUGAAUCUGCAUAAAUUAAAAAAUGUUACAUCCUUGUACCUCAUCCAGCUUUCUUGGACCUUUCUUUAUAAAAGUAACAGCAAUUCUGGUGCUUUCAUUAUGUUUCAUCCAACCUAUUGAAGCACAAGUAUUGUCAGUGACUCCCUCAGAUUCUAUGAUCAACAUAGUCACUUCAUAUAGCUUCCAAAUCACUGGAGUAUCGAGUUUAAACUCAGGAGAUAUAAUCAAAGCAACUAUUCCUACAGGGAUAACUGUCAGUGGAGUUAGUUCUGGGGCUACUACCACUUGAUCUCUAACCACACUAGGAUCAGGAGGUGUUGCAACUUCCCCGGUUACCACAUGCACAUACAAUGCAAAUGAUGGUGGAGCACGUACCCUGACAUUUACUCUUGGACAGAGUUACUCAGGACUCCUGGUGAUCAACCUCGCGACUACAAACAUUCUUCAAAACCCUAACUCAGUUCGAUUUCUGGAUCCCUUCAUUCUAAACGUUGGGUCCACUACUAUUAACACACAUAGCACAAUUACUUACACAGCUGCAUCUUUGGCUUCAGCUUCAGUGACAAAUCUUGCUAAAACUGCUGGAAGCCCUACAACGAUGACAUUCACAUUUAGAAUUACCAACCAGAUUCCAGCAAAUGGGUUUAUCAGGAUCAAUUGGCCGUCUGAAGUUCAGUUUAAGCUGAGUUCAGCAGAUGGGUUGGUCUCCGUUACUAUUUAUGGAGAGUCCAAGACUGGAUUCACCACAUCAGUCUCACAAAUCUCAAGGCAAUUUACCAUUUCAGGGCUCUUUUCAUCAGCAGUCUCAGCUGAAGCGAAAGAUAUAGUUAUUGCUAUCCAGAGUUUGAAUAAUCCUGAUUCCCAAGUGGAGUCAGGAAGUUUUACCAUAACAACUCUUGAUUCCUCAUCUAAUGCAAUUGAUCAGCAGAGUUCUGGAUUAACAGUGACGUCUUCUUCUCCAGGUACGAUUUCUUUACAGUCUAUUACUCCAAGUACGACUUCUGUAGACCAAGAGUUGACUGUUCAGAUUUAUGAAAAUACAGAUAUUUCUCCAUCAAAUUCCUUCCUAAGAGUCACUUGGCCCUCAGAAGUUACCUAUGUUGCUAGUGGAACACUGACAUGCACUAUGGUAUUCGGGUUUUCUGCUAACACACCACCUUGUUCAGUAGAUACUACAAAUAAUUAUAUGACUCUUUCUUACUAUCGAAAUACUGUUCAUCUUUAUACAGUUGGGACUUUUAAAAAUCCUCUUGGAGCUUUAACUACAUCUUCAUGGAAACUUGAAGUCUUUGAUUCAUCUAACAAUAUAAUAAUGAGACAAGAGACAGGUAUUGCAUAUACAACUACUGUGCAAGCCAUUACAGUAGGAUCCGCUUCAAGGCUCUCUGCUUAUACAACAGUUGCAAUACAAGCAAAUUAUUCCUUGUCAUUUACCAUUAAAACAAGACUUUUAAGUGACAGUACAAUAACUCUUAUCUUCCCUAUCGACCAAGUCAAGUAUAAUUUUGCUACAAAAUGUUUUAAUGGGGGUACUGACCUUUCAUGCACUCUAUCUGAUACCAACAGCACUCAUUUUCAAACUACUAUCACUCAAUGGUGUGUCUCUGGAGCUGAAUGAGCAGCUGAUUCAACUCUCAGCUUCACUCUUGUGAAUGCUAUUAAUCCUAGUUGGAUUGUAAGCCCACUCACCUCUUCAGUGAUAAUCAGGACUUCAAACGUUCAGUUGACAGACACUCCCACUAUUGAUGAAAUUACUAGUGGUGUUCAGUUCUCUCCAACACUCACACCUGGAACUUUGACAUCUUUCUCUGUUACUAAAGAUUCUGCAACAAAUAAAGUUGGAGAACAGACUUCUUGGGCUGGAGCUGGUAUAACAUUCACGACAGCAACUGCAAUUCCUGCUAACGGAAAGAUUUAUUUAACAUUCCCAAGUGAAACCGUAUAUAAGGCUACUUCAACUGAAGUUAUUUGAAAAGAUGCCAGUUCUGAUACUUUGACUUGUUCAAGCACAUCUGAUUCUGCUAACAAUAUUCAGACUGUAACAAUCACCUCUGCUUGUACUUCUGGAUGAACAGCAGGAGGAGCUAUAUCUAUUCAAUUGGAGGAGGUAUAUAACCCAGGAUCAACUAAGCCUGUUCAAACAAAUAUCCAGGCCCAAACACAGACAAGUGAGGGAUAUGUGAUAGAUUCAGGGAUUGCAAGCUCUGCUACUGGUUUUGGACUAGUAGCUAAUUCCUUCACAUCAGUAACCACUAAUGCUCCAACUACAAGCAUUGUUGUAGGAGCCAUUCCGCAAUAUCGCUUUACGAUUGCUUUAAAGAACUCUAUUCCUUCAUCUGGUGGGAAACUUGAGAUAGCAUUUCCUUCUGAAAUUCAAAUUCAAUCAAGCGGAACCUGCACAGCUGUUAUUGUUUCAACUAGUCAUAUCUGCACUCUUAGCAAUAGUGCUAACACAGUUACUGCUACAUUCAGCUCAACUGCAGUGGGAGGCUCUAGCUUAGUGAUUACAAUUACAAAUGGAGUCAAAAAUCCUACCACCGGGCAGCAAAGUAGUCCUAUAACAUUUAAAUCUACUGUUACUGAGUCAUCUACUAAGUAUGACAUUGACCAAGAUUUGACAACAGUCAGAAUCCAACCAAAUGUGUAUGGAACAUUGACAAGUACGUCAGUGACCCGGUUAAACAGCUCUCUAAUAAACACAGACACAGAACUAGAUAUCAAGGCUACAAGUGCUAACCCAAUCCCUUCAUUGUCUACUAUAAAGGUAGAAUACCCUCUUGAUCAAGUACAAUUGAGUGUAGCUAGCACAAGUGCUCUAACAUUUUUCCAAGUUUCUUCAGCAGGAACGGUCGGAAGCGCCUUAACUCCAAUAAGCGUAGCUACAAGCUCCACUCACAUCACCGUUACGUUCAGAGAAUGGUGUUCUAUUGGUGGGAAUCCUUGCCCUGCUAGUAGUGAGAACAUUCGGUUCAGAACGAUUGGGUUUAAGAACCCAACAACUACAUUUCCACCUUCUAACAGCUUCAAAAUUUAUGUUGAUACAAGUUCGAGUCUGAUAGUGGACAGUAUUGAGAGCUCAUUAUAUGCUACUCCUAGUAUCCAAGCAGGACCACUUACUUCAGUGAGUAUCACUCGUGACUCGAACCUGACAGGAGAUGUAAUCACCUACACUAUAAAGUUCACUACAACAAACAGCAUUUCAGAGCCGAAUGGAGUAUUUCUCUCUUUCAGCCCUCCUUCUGGCCUCCUAUACCAAGGCUCUUCUCUUGCUUGUACUUUCAAUGGUGCUAAUGCUGAGACUCCUGUGGGUACUAGCAACCCUGGUGCAGGUUGUACUGCUACCUACACCACAGUUACAUUAGGUCAAUCAUUGGCAACUCUCAGGAUUCCAUUUUCCUGAACCAGUUGUCCAGUGGGCAACUACAAUGUGACUUUUACAGGCUUCAAAAACCCUUUUAGCACGCAACCACCUACAGGGACUAUCACUGUUGCCACACAGGGAUUCGAUGGAGCUGGUACCUACUCUAACUAUGAUGUGCUUGAUAUUGUCAUUGAGUCAUCAGCAACUGAUCUACAAACUUUAGCACCAAAUGUCUGUACUGGGACCGCUGAGCGGUCAAAGACAACAGCUGAUGCGAAUACAGAGAUAGUGGCUAAUGUCACAUUGACUAAUCGAAUAAUUUCAGGAUCAUAUAUGUCUAGUAAAAUCAGAGUAAUGGUACCUUUGGACCAAUUUGUAAGGACAACUGAUACAAUCCAAUACAAGCAAACAUCGUCAAGUACAGUAAACGCAAUGACAGUUGUUUCUACAGAUUCAACUCACAUUGUUCUUGAAUAUGAAGCUUUUUGCAGUAGUGGAGGAUCUACCUGCUCAGAUGGAUCUACAAUGUCAAUCACAAUUACUCAAGGCUUUAAAAAUCCAAGGACUGUAAUUUCUACCUUUACAAACUACUUCAUCUUUGAAUCAAGGACGCCUGAUCAGUUGUAUCAAGUAGACAGAUCAACUGCGAACAUCGUAGCUACACCUGAUAUUGCUCAGGCAGCAAUAGCAAAUAUCGCUAUUAACUUUGAGAGUUCUACUGUAGCCAAGGAUGGCUAUGCUGAUGUUUCAGCAGUUCUAGGCUCUACCAUGCUUAGUUCAGACUUCAUAGAGCUAAUCUUCAGCUCUGAGUUCUUACUUCAGACAACUUCCGCAGUAACCUGUUCAAAGGUAGUGAGUGGGAUUGCUUCUACCGUGAGUUGCACAUCUACUUUCACAUCAGGCUAUUUAUCAACUUUAAAAGUAGAAGGAUUCUGAGAGUGAGACUCAACUUCAACAUAUACAAUCAGAAUUCAUAAUGUUAGGACCUUGCUUGAAGCCAAAGCUUUUACUGGAACUUUAACAUAUUCUACAAAAGCAUCAGAUACUGAAAGCAUUGGAACAGGAACAUUAGAUCUUAGCACAGUGACUACUUUGACAGCUGCAACCCUUUCUCCUGCAACAGUUGUUAGAUCAGCGACUACUCAAGGUUCGUCAUCUUCAUUCACUUUGUCAUUUACUACACCUGGCAUACUUCUGGGUGGGUCAACGAUCCAGAUAGGGCUCCCAUUAAACCAGAUUGUACUAGAUGGGUCUGCCUUUACAUGUGCUGAUUCUUCCAAUAACGCUGCUUUGACAUGAGCAGCAACUCCAACAGCCACUUCAACUUACAACUAUAUCACUAUCAACGAGUGGAAGUGAACAUCUGGUAAUUGCGCUGCAGGGCAAGAAUUCGGAAUUACAAUCACUUCUGCAAAGAACCCUGCAGUUUCUGCAGUUUCAACAGAUCCAUUCUUAAUAAAUUUCAUAUCGACCUCUUCGAAUGCUAUAUUUCAGGCUCCAUCACCACUGAAUGCCUCACCUGAUCUAGAGGUAGGGUCUCUUAACAAUCAUGUGAUCAUUCAUCAAAAUCAGCAAUACACAUUAAGCACCACUGAAUAUAUCAUUGCAUUUGAUACUACUUCUGAAGUGCCAGCAGCAGGGAAGAUCAUAUUUACUUUCCCAGACAACAGAAUUUUGAAGGACUCUUCGUCAACUCUGACAGUGACUACCGGAACUAGUUAUGAGACAACAGUCACAGGUGUGACAGCAACUUAUGACCUGACUAAUACUUGGUUGAGUAAGCUCGAGCUUACCUCUGUAUGUACCACUCCUUGAGCUGUUGGCUCAUACCAGUUUAAAAUCUCUGGAGGAAUCAAGAAUCCUAAUUAUGUACAACCUCUAACAGGCAAUUUUGUUUCAUACACCACUGAUUCCUCUGGAGCGGUGAUAAAUAGAGAUAUUAAAUCCAAUUCUGAUGUUUCAGAGAUCCUUCCGACCCCUAUCGAUGCUACUAUUACCAGAAAUUCUACUGCUCUAGGUGCAUCUGUAGGUCUAACAGUAUCUUUUAAGACGACAAACCCAUUCCCAGAUGGAGGAAAGAUUCUCCUGAGAAUGCCUACAGACCAAAUUUCAGGGACUCCUGCAGCUUGUCUUAAGGGAGAUCUCUCAACAGCUCUGAGCUGCACGACAACUACAAUUGGAGAUUUUAGAGUAAUCACAAUUGACGAAUGGUGCACAUCUGGAGGAACAGACUGAGCAGGCGGCACUACAAUUUCUUUCUAUAUUCAAGAUGCUACUAACCCCUCUUUACUCUCAGCAAAUGUAGCAACUACAAGCUGGCAAGCCCUCACAGCUACUGCUGAAUCAUAUCCAAUUGAUGGUGACUAUACAGAUUUAAAGCCAACCCCAAAUCUUGAAGGAGUUUCUAUCACUGUGAAUGCACUUGAAGUUGCUUCAGCAGUUGUUUAUACAGAGACAACUAUUAGCUAUGGUUUUCUUCCAGGAUCAAAUCUACCUUCUGGGGCUAUCAUUGAGUUUGGCUUCCCUCCUCAAUUUGCUUUUCCACCAACUACUAAAUCAUGCUCUCAAAUAACUCCUUCAUCAAGUACCUUAACUUGUACUUAUGCAGAAUCUGGAGGCUAUGUUACCUCCAUCACGGUGUCAAAUCCUUGUGUUGCAAGUAGCUGCCUCUCUACAACUCCAAUGGUGUUUCAAUUCAGCAUUAAAAUCAGACAGAAUACCCAAAAUGUUGGAGGAAGCUUUUAUGUGAUUACUAAGACCUCAAGCACUGAUAUUGGAUAUGGCUCUGUAUCAAAUAGUAUUACUAUCUUGCCAAAUCCUUUCUCCAGUACUUCUUUUGACAACUCCGGAUGUGACUUAAUUAAGGCUACAUGUAGUUUAGCUAUCAAAUUCACAACGGUUUACACUUUCCCAAAUAAGGCUAGUAAUGGGAGGAUUUCAUUAACUGUUCCCAGUGAUCUUACUGUAUCAUCAACAGGAUGUACUGCUACAAUUGGUUCAAACACAAUGGAGUGCUCAAUGACUGGAAAGUCAGUAAUAGCGACCCACAGCUUAACUUCAUCAGUUGCUGAGCAAGAAAUCAUAAUCAAAUUUGCAAGCGUUACGAAUCCUUCAAGCACAAAACCUACAAAUUCUUUUGUGAUCUUAUCCCAAGAACAAGUAUCUGGGUCUUACUACAGUAUUGAUGGAAUUACUUCAGGUUUUUCUUACUCAGUGGGAGGUAUUGGCACAAUCACAGAAGCCGCAGUUACUCGAUCUGCCCUAAACUCAGACAAUGAUGGCCUUAAAGUUGGUAGAAAUACAAACUUCUUGUUCUCAUUCAAGAUAGAGAAUGAAGUUGCUAGCGAUGGAGUGUUUACAUUCAUAAUGCCCUCUGAUAGCGAUGCCCAGAUAGACACCACAGCUACAGUCUUUGCUUGCAGUGCUGCCAAUUGUGACACUGGAACAACCCUUUUCUGAGAUGUUACUGCUGCUUCAAGAACUGUUCAGAUACUAGACUACUGCACUAGUUCUUCAGGUAGGUCUUGUGCUGCUGGGUCCACUAUUACAAUCUGACUAAAGAGCACAUUUAUGAGGAAUAUGUACUGGAUUAAGGAUCCUCUUACUGCUUCUGAUUCAUUCACUAUUAAAAGUGGUAUUUCUGGAGGAGUGUACUUUAUUGAUGGAAUAAGUACUUCAAUAACCGCCACACCUACGCUCUUACCUGAUGCUUUAAGCUUUAUUUCUCCACAAAUCGCUAGGACUGGUGACACAGUUGAUGCUAAGGUAGACUGGACAGUUUAUCUAAAGUUCUCAUCAAAUAUGCUUAAUACUGCGGGAUACCUUUUAAUGACAAUCCCCGAUGAUGUAAUUUAUGAUAUGGGAGAAGACUUGACAGUCACUUUGCUUACAAAUAGCUCUUCAGUUAUAUCUACAGUUAAGACUUUAUAUUCAAGUGGAGCUAUAAAUACUAUCAGAUUUAAUUCUGUAUGCUCUAGUUCUGGCUGAGCAACGGGAUCGUUUCUUAAUAUAAAAAUUGAGUGGGUUAAGAAUCCUCCGGCACAGACUACAAUCAGUACUGCAAUCACAAUGUCAUCUCGAACAUCUGAAGGAUAUUUGAUCGAUCAAGGAUCGACUCCAACAAUAGAUAAGCUCUUCUCCUCAUUAGAACUAGCUCCGGUGACGAACAUCAAAAUUGAUCCAGAAAAUCCUUCUGCGGGGGCUGAUACAAACUAUGAUAUUAUUUUCACAGCUGACACAAGCAUUCCGCUCAACUCCUAUGUGCUAAUUACUGCUCCGACGGAGAUAACCGUGUCCACUUCAAACGCAGGUGGAACAGCAGCUUUAGAUACUUGCUCAAAUAUUUUUGCGACUUCAGUGACAAUAGCUUGUGGUUUGGGCACAAGUGGAGGAUCUGUUACCAUCAAAGUUACAGGAAUAUUCCCUUUGGCUACAAACACAGGGCAGUUUGGUGUAAAAAUGGGGCUGUUUAAAAACCCAUCAACGGCAGGCACUACAGGAUCAUUUAUUAUCCAGAUCUUUUCGCCUGAUGAUAACCCUAUAGCCUCAAAGGAUGUAGACACUCCAGUUAUGAUUGAGGAGCCUGUGUCAACUUGUGAUUCAAAUUGCCUGACUUGUUCAGGGACAGCUACUUCUUGUGAUUCAUGUAAGAACCCAUCAGAUCUUCCUUUCCUUCAAAAUGAUAAGUGUGUAUCAGCAUGUAGCAAUGGGUAUUACCUACAAGGGACAAUUUGUUACAGCUGACACCAUAGCUGAGCUACUUGUGAUGGGCCAAAUAGCAAUGACUGUAUCUCAUGCAAAAGUGACUUCUUAUUUGAAGAUGGCUCCUGAUUAACUUCUUGUAGUAAAAAUACUCAAGCAAACUCUGCAAAUCAAUGAGAAAGUACUUCUGAGAAUGGAAGUUGUAACUCAAACUGAGCUACCUGCUCGAAGAAUCUUGAUUGGUGUCUCACUUGAAACUCAGGAAGUACCCCUAUUGUCAAUCCCACUAAUGGUCAAUGUGUCUGUACUGAUAAUGGAUGAUGUGGGGGUACUUUAUAUGUCGAUACAGAAUCUCAAUCUUGUCAACCAUGCUCCACUCGCUGAAAAACUUGUGAAAUCUCUGCAGAUAAAUGAUUCUCAUGCUGGAAUUUCUUUGAUUCUAAGUUGCUUGAUUGGGCUUCUUAUAAAUGUCUGAGUGAAUGCUCUUCAAGUGGAUAUUAUGACUCAGCAACAGAUACUUGCCCGGCUUGAAAUAGAGUUUGCAAAACAUGCACUUCAAGUCUACCUACAGGAUGACUUACUUGUAAUAAAACUGAGGGUGGAAGACAGUUAUAUCUAGCAUCUGGAGAAUGUGUGUUAAAUUGUAGAAGACCAUAUACAGAAAAUACCAAUAACAACACAUGCACCAGAAGUGCUUUUGAUAUUCUCUCUCCUGUUGUAAUAAUCCUCCUUCUUCUUUUCAUUGGUGCCAUUAUCACCCUGCUACUUUCCUACAUUAUCAGCUUAAUCCGUGGUCGAAAAUCAAAACCUCUCGAAGAGGCCUAUGCUUACCUCACCUUGAUCGAAUUCAUGAAUCGUUGCUUCCUCCUUGCCAAUUUAUGGGUCUCUACGAAGGUCUUCUCCUUUGCUAUCUGUUUUAUGGACAUUACUGGUACUGCAAUUCUCGGUUUGUUCUUCUACAAUCUCUAUCUUGAGCCAAUCUUCCUUCACUCACCUCACUUCAGGUCCCUAUUCAAGCAAUACAAAGUCACCUACCUUUUCGUGCUCUCAGUCAGCUUCCUGACUGGAGUCAACUUCAGCAGGCUACUUUAUGCAAGAUCUUUUGGGUGACUGGCUACUGGAGGUAGUUAUACAGAGCACUAUUUCUUUGUGAAGCCAUUGAACACAAUGGCUAAUUUCACACUGGCGCUGACUGGAGUCCAGAUUGUGCUAUGUGUAGUGAGCAUUUUUGAGUUUGGAGUAGGCCAAGAUGUCUGGAUGUUGGCUGUCAUUGGUCUAGGGGUUAAUUUGGCAUUGGUGGUCAUGCAGCUGGUGAAGGUGUUGCAGACUGAGAGAUUUGUGAGAAAAUAUAUGGUGUUGGAGGACUAGAGAGGUCAGAUUUGGAGAUGAAACUUGUUUUUAAGAGAAUCAAUAAACUUAUAAGUAAUUCACCAAUAAUACCAUAACAGGUUAGAAUAAAACUCAAUCAUUACUAAAUC